UGAAGAAAAUCAAUUCAAAGUUACCCCAACCGACGUAAUUGGCAAACUUAUCACUACUAGUGUAGAAGCAUCAGCAAGUUAUGUACCUUUCGCACAAUUAAUAGAAAUAUUUUUAAAAUUAGGUGAAGACAUUGUAACAUUAUAUCAAAAAGCUGAACAUAAUAGGCAUUUAUGCAAUUUUUUAACAAAGCGAGUGAAUUCAGCUGUGGCAUCUAUAAGAGAUUUAGAAAUUCGAAAAUUAGAUAACGCUGAAUUUUUUGCGGAACAAUCUAAUCUUCAACUUCUUAAAGAUUUUUUAAAAUGUAUGCUUGAUAUUAGAAAAUUUAUUACAGAUGUUUCUCAGCUUGGUGCAUUUGGUCACUUCUUUCAAGCAAAUAAUAUUGUAAAAAGAUAUAAGGAUUUGUCAGAUAGGUUUGAUGGAUACAUGUCAUCCUUAAAUUUUGCUAUGUCAUAUCAGGCUAAUAAGGAAGCGAUGCAAAUUCUUCAGGCUUUAAAUCUCGAUACAGAUUAUUUAAAAAAACAUGCAGAGGAGAUGAAACAACAUAGUUUGGAAACUAAAAAAGAUAGUUUAGAGUUACAGUAUGAAGUCAAAAUUAUUAUGGCAGAUUUAGCAGAAAUGAAAGAGUUUAUGCGUGAUAUGUCUGAUAAUAAUAAUAGUUCAGAGUCCUUUACAAAAAUCAAAAGGAUUAGGGAUUUAAAUGUUCGUUAUCAACGAGAACAACGUAAAGGUACCGAAAUAACCAUCGAGCCACUAGCUCUAUUAGACAUGAAUAAAUUUGAACCGAGUUGUGAAAAGGAACCUCGUAAAACGAUUCAUUGUAGGUGGAGCAAUGCAUUCCUUUUAGAAUGUGCAUUUAAAGAAUUUCCGUACAUCAAUGAUGAACAAGCAGAAAAAGAAAUUCGUCAACAAGUUGCUAUCUUGAUAGAAUUACAAAAUUCCGAACAUAUUAUUAAGUUUUAUGGUGUAGCCAAAUCUGAUGAGUACAAAUAUUAUUUAGUUUCAGAGUGGAUGGAUAAUGGUAAUUUGCAAGAAUAUUAUAAAAAAACUCCAUUGGAUUGGAAUAAAAAAUUUGAGUUUGCCAUUGAUAUUUGUCGAGGAAUUGCAUUCUUGAAUGCUGUAGAGAUUUUGCAUCAUGAUAUUAGAGGUGCCAAUAUAUUAAUAAAUAAAAAUCACAAAGCUAAAAUUGCUAAUUUUGGAGUAAGCCGAGCUCUUUUAUGGGAAAUUGCUGAACAAGAAGUUCCUUAUACUAGACAAGGAAUGGACUUGCAAAAGAUUCGAGAUCGUGUUGUUACAGAGAAAUAUCGUGAACCAUUUUCUCCAAAUGCACCCAAAAUUUGGCAGGACAUAGUAUAUGCAGCUAUGAAUCAUAAUCCAGAUUUUCGUCCACCAAUUUCUAAAAUAUUCAGAGAACUCUAUAAUUAUCAUCAUAGAGAUGAGAAAAAAUAUCCAACUACUGAAGAUUUUGACGAUACUUUUGUAAUCGAUGAUGACGGUGAUGCUUUCAUGACUGUGGAUGCAGCAAUUGAAGAACACCGAAAAACCGACGGAAAUAAGCGAAAAGCAUGGGAUUGCUUUUGUCGCCAUGCUGAAGAUGGUGAUAUAAUAGCGAGAUACUGGGUCGGUUACUAUCUCUAUCAUUCCAUCCUACCUGAGCAUAAAGAAAAUCGUCAAGAAAAUCUUCAAC